CCCGCCCGCUCCCGGCAUGCCCCGCGCCGCCCGGCAUGGCCGCCGCGCCCAGCCGGUAGUGCGCAUGCUCCGCCUGCAGCCAUGGCCGAGUGGGCGCCCGCGCAGGAUCUGGACUGGGACAUGGAGUCCCAGGACCUGUGCCUCGUGCAGCCCCUCGACGUCCCCGAGCAGCCCCCCGUGGGCGAGGCCGACCUGCCGACGGCGGAGAUUUCCUUGACGCUGGUGGCCGAGAUCCAGGCGGUCGACAGGAAGGUGGACUCCCAGGCGGCAAAGCUGAUGAACCUGGAGGGCCGCAUGCGGAUGGCCGAAACCAAGCUGAUCGGCUGCGAGAAGACGGCGGUGGAGUUCGGCAACCAGCUGGAGAGCAAGUGGACGGCGCUGGGCACCCUGAUCCAGGAGUACGGGCAGCUGCAGAAGAGGCUGGAGAACAUGGAGAACCUGCUCAAGAACAGGAACUUCUGGAUCCUGCGCCUGCCGCCCGGCACCAAGGGGGAGAUCCCCAAGGUCCCAGUGAUAUUCAACGACGCCUCAUUCAAUUUCUCAGAGCAGGAGUGGAAAAACUUGAACGAGUGGCAGAAGGAGCUGUACAGGCACAUCAUGAAAGGCAACUAUGAGGCUGUGAUCUCGCUGGAUGCUGCCAUCUCCAAGCCCGACCUUCUGUCCCGCAUUGAGCAAGGGGACGAUCCCAGUGACGGGGACCAGGGAGACUUUGAGGGAAGAGAAACCCCUAGAGAUCCCAAUAUGGGAUUUCCCGGUUCUACUCCCACCGAGAGCUCAUGGAAUAAAUACGAGGAAACGCCGGCUGCAAACCAGGGGAUCACUGAUGAGAAGGGGGUCCUGACAGACCCUGGCACAUAUGUGCAGCCGGGUGAUGAGGACAGUGCCGAAAACCCAGAGCUUUCCAGCAUGGUACCAGGGAAGUGGGAAGAGGGUUUCCCAAGCCCCACAGAGGAAGUGAAGCCGCCCAACAAGAGUCGGAGCAGUGCAACAGCGCAGCAGAGGAGCCCGCCGGGCCCCGGGCUGCGCCGUUCAGCUCGCCGGGGGAAGGAUGCCGUGAAGAAAGAGCCCUCUGAAGAGGCCUACGCUGCAGAGGGGCCGUACAUCUGCUGCGAAUGCGGGGAAAGCUUCCUAGACAAGCAACUCUUCGCCACGCACCAGAAGGUCCACGGGUUGGGCGGCACCUGCCCCUUGCUGGAGCCCGGGGAGAGCUUCCGGCAAAAGCCCAAAGCACCUUCCCCGCGAACCCAGGCGCCCGUCCGUGCCAAGCCACCCAAGCGCCCCGAGGCCGAGCGGGGCGGCAACGUCAAGUACAGCUUCGUCCGGCACCAGGCCAACCACAUGGUGGAGCGACCCUACACGUGCACGCAGUGCAAGGAGAGCUUCAGCCUGGAGGUGAGCCUCAUCCUCCACCAGAAGCUGCAUACGGGGAAGGGGGACGGGCCGCUGACCUGCACCUACUGCGGCAAGGACUUCCGGGACCUGUCCAAAGCCAUCCGGCACCAGCGCAUCCACACGGGCGAGAGGCCCUACCAGUGUACGCAGUGCGGGAAGAGCUUCAUCCGGAGGGAUCACCUGCUGAAACACUGGCGCGUGCACACCGGGGAGACGCCCUACCAGUGCCCCGUGUGCGGGAAGCACUUCCGCUACAAGGAGUCCCUGAACUGCCACCAGAAGAUCCACACGCGGACCUCAAACGCCCCGACCCCGGAGGACGCACAACACGCCGAGACGGGGACGCAGACCGGCCACUUCUUUGUGAAGAAGGAGAGCAAGCCGUAGCGCCGGGCACGGCGGGGAUGCACGGGCUGUUGCGUUUUGGGCGGAGGGAAGCCAGCCAAGGGCAGCGUCAUGGAGAGGGACCCCCAGUCCACUGCUUCCCCGCGUCAUCGUGCUCCCAAGCCGGCUUUGUUGAAGUGUAAACGGCGUUCCUCUUCAUAACUGUCCGUAGCCAGGCUGAGCCGCCGCCGCCACCUUCCACCUAGGGUCAUGUGGGACUUGCAUAGUUUUUAGCUAUUCCCCUGCACGGGUUUGGAUCCCCGCCCCCAAGAGAAUCGCGGUGCAAGGUUCUCCAGAGUGGCGGCAAGGGGGCUUGAGCAGCUGUUCCCACCUACCAGGCACAUGAUCGGAGUUUUCCAGGCCCCCGUUUCCCACUCCAAAGCUGGAAGCACGGAGUUGGGGGUGCCGUUCCCCAGCCGCGGGCUCUGUUAAGACACCCUGAACAGUGCUGCUGUGCCGUGGCUGCAGGGCUGGGAUUAGGGAGAGGAGAAGGAGCGAGAAUUGAGCUGGGGAGGUGAUGAUGAUGAAGAAUACAGAGCAAGGAAGAAGGAAAGGGGCUGUGGGGAGAGAAGAAGGAGAGAGAAGGGUGUAGGUGUGUGGGGCAUUCACUCAAGCAAGAGAAUUUCUCCACGGAGAGGACUGCGUCCUCAUUGAAGGGCAUAACUUGACCCAAGCAGGCUGCACCCGGGUCUGGCCCGAAGGACAGGCGCCAGCUCUCCGUUCACACGCGCUCCUACCACCGACGGUGACUUUUACUGGGUCUGGUCACAAACUCAGGUAGGUCGGAGGAGUGAAAAGCGACUUCUGCUAACCCCUGUAAAGAGAUGUUUGCUUGUUUUUAGGUAAUCACGUAGACGAACUAGUAUUCUAUUAUUAUAAUUAUUAUUAUUCGGCAACGAAACACGUGGCGCUAUAUCUCACGGUUGAACUAAAACCCUUAGACGUCGGAGGUAACGGGCCUCCUUUUCAGACAUCUUUGUACAUAUCGGUCGAACGCUGCAGGAGCUAAGUGUCGUCGUUAAUGAGGUGACUGUAACUAGGUGUCUCUUCCUCUGUGUCAUGUCAGCUGCUGGUGUGUAGUCGUGCCUUUGUAACACCUUUUUUUGUAGAGUCCGUCAAUACAGUGUUCCUGUUCUGAA